AUGGAACAGAACGGUGCACACUUCUUCGAAGGGACCGAGAAGCUGUUAGAGGUGUGGUUUUCCCAACGAGAUGAGACCAACGGAUCGGGGGACCUCCGUAACAUACCAAGGUUUGAGUGGGACAAACUGUUGGAGAAUGUGCAUUGUUUGAUCAUAAGUGUGACAAAGACUGACAAGCAGGAAGCUUAUAUACUCAGUGAGAGUAGCAUGUUUGUCUCCAAGAGACGUUUCAUUUUGAAGACCUGUGGUACCACCCUCUUGCUUCAAGCACUGGUUCCUUUGUUAGAGCUUGCCCGGGGCUACUGUGGAUUUGACACAAUUGAGAACUUCUUCUAUUCUCGCAAGAACUUCAUGAAGCCAGCCCAUCAGGAAUACCCUCAUAGGAACUUCCAAGAAGAGGUGGAGUUUUUGAACGAGAUCUUUCCAAAUGGGGCAGCCUAUUGUAUGGGACGUAUGAAUUCUGAUUGCUGGUACUUGUUUACUCUGGAUAUCCCAGAGAAUAGGGAGAGCAAACAGGCAGAUCAAACGUUGGAAGUCUUGAUGAGUGACCUUGACCCGGUGAUUAUGGACCAGUUCUACAUGAAAGAUGGUGUUACUGCAAACGACGUCACUCGUAUGAGUGGAAUUCGUGACCUGAUACCAGGUUCUGUGAUUGAUGCCACAAUGUUCAAUCCUUGUGGCUAUUCUAUGAAUGGGAUGAAAAAUGAUGGAACUUACUGGACGAUCCACAUCACUCCAGAGCCAGAGUUUUCUUAUGUUAGCUUUGAAACCAACCUUUCGCAGACGUCUUAUGAUGACCUAAUCCGAAAGGUUGUGGAUGUCUUCAAACCAGGAAAAUUUGUGACCACCCUUUUUGUGAACCAGAGCUCCAAGUGUCGUGCCGUAUUUUCAGCUGCCCAGAAACUCGAAGGAUUCAAGCGCCUUGACCGCCAGUCAGCCCAGUUCAACGAUUACAAUUUUGUUUUUAAUAGUUACGCCAAGAAUCGUCAGCAAAACCAGCAGAGUUGAGCAGUGAAAAUGAAGAAGAAACGUAAAAAGAAAGUUUGCUUUAUUACUGUUAAUACUGGCAGCACACUAGUUGCUUAUAGUAUUGAGGGCUGUUGUCAAAGCUGCCAGGAAUAUCAUAGUUUAGAAUAUCCAAGCCCUCAGAGUUACACCAACAUUAGUUUAACUUCAUGUUUAAAUUGUAUGCGUUAUUGUAACAAUGACUUAGCUAUCUUGCAUGACUGCUCUUCUCUCUGUAUAGGUAUGCUAACUCAUUCUUGCCGUGACCUUGACGUGCAUGUAGAAACAUUCAACUUUCACUGUAUAAGGCUUUCCAGCACUCAAAUGAGAGCUUGCAGUAGCUUAGCAUGUCAAACAGCCUUCCUUCAAGUCUCUCCCCAAAUCCCACACAGACAGGGCUUUCGUGCUCACUAGGCAAAAACCCUGGUAUGACCAGGUGCUGCUUGUUUACUUGUAUGGUUACCAACACUUUUUUUAACAUUUAAAUUUCACCAUUUGAACAAAAAAAGUAUUUAAAAAGAUAGCACUUAACAUAGAAUGGGGUAAAUUGGGGGUGCAGGGAAUACAAAAUAAACAAAAUGUAACAGUUGUUGAAGUGAUCUUCAUUAUGUAGAAGCAGUUAGGCUCAUCAGUAAAGGAUUUUUGUUUCAUUAGAGCUGUUUUUAAAAUAUCAAGAGAAAGCUGAAAUAUUCACCAGCUACAGUGUGCUAUAGUACAUUCAUCUGGCUCAGCAAAGUAUGACAUUCAGUUAUUUGCAGCCUUAGACAUGAAUGGAUGCAUUCAGCCUUGGUUUAAUAAUUAUCUGUUUGAACUUCAAGAUUUAGAAAAAAUUGUUAAUGUGUUAAUUGGUCUUCAUUUGGCUGUAAAGGAUUUUAGUCUUAACAGUGUUUAAACUGAAAUUGUAAGGUUUCCUAUGAAGUGGACAGAAAGAAGUGUUUUGAAAUUUCUUUUUGCUUUAAAGUUUUGAAAAUGCUUUUCUGAACAUUUCAUAAACAAAUAAGAGAAAUAGAUAUCAAUACCUUAUUCCGUCCAAAGGCUACAGAUGCUGAAAAUGGCAUACAGACUGUGUAGAAACCACUGUUCAGCUUCAUAGGAUUGUUAUAAGCAGUUUCUCCAGAAGGUAUUAAUAUAUACAUGUAUUCAUUAGGUAAUUUUUAACAUGUAGUUUUAACAUAUGAAAAAUCACUUUUCUAGAAGUUAUUUUUGGCUGGUUUAUAAAACUGUACGACACUAAUUCAUUUUUAACGUUUUCCACAUUUUCACAGACAUCUUAAAAUGCUUGAGACAACGUAAAAAAAAAAUCCAAUAAGCUGAACUGAUUACCAUGUUACCGUGCUUUUCAAUAGAUCAUUACAUGCACGCAGGUAUACUCUGUAAUGAUCUGCUUACUGGAGGCUUUGCCAUUUGAUAAAGUUGGGUCAAGCAAACUUGAGGGAUUUACAUCCAAACCAUCACAUUUUGGGUUUUUAGCACUCAAAGAGAAAAGUAAGCUCAGGUACAUAGUUGGAAAUUGCUGUUGUCUUAGCAUACCAAAGAAAGCUGGGCAAAAAAAUCAGAAUUUGAUUGGCAUCUCUUCCAUGCCACUGUUUGUGUUUUGGGUAUUUAAACUGAAAAAGGUGCCCUGACAUGGAGUGGUGCCCAGCACAGUGUCCCCACCCUCCACCACCACCCCACCACCCACCCCCAAACUAUCCCCUUUAAAUAUCAAUGAAUGAAAGUAAUAAGUCACAUGUUUUUGAACAAUGAAUUUUGCAGGAAUAUUGGUAACCACACAAUAGACUUGCACAAGUCUGAGCAUGCCAGGGUUAUCCCAGAUUGUUCCACACGUAGGCUGUGUUGCAUAAACUGCUACAUUUUCAUUUUAUUGUGAGCAAAACCUCUGCUGUGAAUUGGUCAGAAAUGUGACUCCCAUUGCAGUUUUUGGAGCAGCUUCAAUGCCCUUUGAGUAAGAGAAAGAUCCUGUGACAUAGUAGUGCAUGUGACUACUAGCGCUGUAUUGCUUAAAAUGUUGUGUGCUGCAAUUACAAUUAGUCCUCUCUUAAAAAAAAUGAAUGUGGUUAAUCUUGUUCCUCAUAUUGUAAUGGCUGGUGAAUCACAACAGAAAAAAGUAACCAACUGCAAAAAUAAGAUAACUGCAGAAGCUGACUUUAGAAAACAUAAGGCUAAUGUAAUAUAUUAACUUAUUAUAUGUAAUGCUUUAAAGUUUUAGAGCAUGCGUCUGUUUGUUAAAUGUGGUAAUUUUAUUUUUUUAUUUUAUUUUUUUUAAACUGCAAUAACUUCAAUAUUGAGCUGUUAAUGGAGUCCUUCGGGUCAUAGGUCAGUUUACCUCAUUUCUUGCUGAGGUGGCAAAUUAAGAAUGGAUAAAUGUUGGCCAUUUACUACUUUUAAAAAUACGAACACCGUUCACUUUUGAGGCUGCAUAUACUAAAUGAAUGUUAGUAGUAAAGGUAGGUCAUAGGAACAAAUUGCCAAAUAUAUUGUAUAAGGCAGUGGAGUAUGUUCCAUAUUUUCCAAAUGAUCCCAAAGAUUGAGGCAGCUGGUUUGCAGACUGUUGUGCAACUUCAUUUUGUUAUAUAUCAGGACCUCUAGGUUUAACAGUUAAAGCAAGGACCACUUCAAUCUGUUUUUCUGCCAUUUUCCUGAAUAAGUGUUACUAAAUUAAGUAGAAAUACCAUCAUGCCUGUAGUUUGUUUUUUGGUACCACAAAAUGAUAAUGUAGGACCAAGUUCGUGAGGGCCUUUUUGGAGUACCACACAUUUUAGACUUUGGGCCGGCAGAUUGAUGCAUGCAGCUGAUUUGCCUUCCGAAGAUCUUGGAACACUGCCACACCAUGAUAGCUGUGUAGAACAAGUUAGAGAGCUUAUAUGUGAUAUUUGGGGGCUUCUGGGGUGGCCCAAAACACCAAAAAAUUAUAUGUAGAGUAAUCUUGGAACAUUGUGUUUUAAUUUUGUAUUUAAACAUUUCUAUGUUAGAAACAGGUGUUUAUCACUGAGUAGAUUGUUGGUCAGCACUAGCUGAACUUUGCUUUUUUUUCCCCCCCCCUCUCUCUCUCUCUCUCUCUCUCUUUUCCUCCUACAGAGGACCAAUUUUGUAUGUUCACUGUCAUAUAUUCUAUAAGACACAAUGUUCCAAAUUACUUUUGGAAUGGGGUUGCAAUGAGAAUGGAAUAAACUUCCAUACUUUAUUCUUUGCGACAAAAAAA